AUGGCGUUGAAAAGUCCCAGACAAGGGAACAGCACAGAGUGCCACUACUGGGGCUACUCGUUUCAUUGGACUGAUCGCCACAGGUCGGCAGAUGAGCUUCGUCCCAUGGCCUUCACCUAUGACAAUAUUGCCGAUGAGUGCGUGCAGAUCUUGAACAAAAUUCCCACGGAUGGUGAUUCGGAUAGGCCAUUCAAGAAGGAUCUGUACGGUCUAUUGAGAGACCAUGUCGACGAGGACCCUAAGCUUCAAGAGCUAUGGACUCAGGUCAACACAGUCCCAGAAUGGGUCGACUGGGAGCAGAUCCAAAGAGGACAAGACAUUUUCUUCCGAUACGGUCUUCCUAUCCUGAACGUGCUCAGCUUUGAAAGCUUACUGGGUGGAAUGGGAGCAAUCCGGGUUGUUGAAACACUCGCACGAACCGGUGGCUUCGGUGCCAAAGUCGUACGUCGCCGACUUCUCGAAACACUCCAGCAUAUUCUGCAAGUCAAUAGCUCAGCCGAGGGGAUGAAACCAGGAGGUGAAGGAAACGUCUCAUCAGUACGCGUGCGACUUCUCCACUCAUCCGUCCGCCUGAAGAUCUUGGAAUUGGUGAAACAGAAGCCUGACUACUAUGAUAUCGACAAAUACGGGACACCAGUGAAUGAUUUAGACUGUAUCGGGACGAUCAACACUUUCUGCAGUUCAGUCGUCUACCUUGGACUACCUCGGCAGGGAAUCCAUCUCAGUCAGCAAGAGAUCGAAGACUAUAUCGCUCUCUGGCGACUUGUUGCAUUCUACAUGGGCACACCGACUGAACCUUUCGAAAAUAGCACCAAGGCACUGGCUAUGAUGGAAUCCCUUUUGAUAUCUGAGAUCGAUCCAACUGAGAUCGGAAAAGUUCUCGCGAAGAAUAUUAUUCUCGGUCUUGAGAACACGGCUCCAGCAUAUGCUUCCAAGGAAUUCAUGGAGGCAUUGACUAGACUUUUGAACGGAGAUCAGCUCUCGGAUGAACUGGAAAUUCCAAGAUCGAGUCUCUACUACCGCGUCAUGAUAUGGGGUUAUUGUUUCUGGGUUGCGACCGUUUCCUCCAUUAUUCCCAAGAUAUACUUCCUAGAUCGGCUGAUGAUCGGGCUACGCCGCAAAUACUUCUACAAGAUGAUCAUGGAUGAGAAGAUCGGCCUUGGCAAAGAGUCUCGCUUCGAGUUCAAGUACGUGCCCACUUUGACACGUACUACACGUCUCGGAGAGCGGCGCAGCACCAAGUUCGAGAGACCUGGCGUUGAGACCUUAGCCCGGUUGGGACUUCUUGCAGCGUUUACUGGGGUGGUGGCCUUGGGUUUGGGUCUGAUAUUGGCGGCAGGAGUGCUACCAACCAACCAGUUAUUUUAUGGCGGUCUGGCUUAG